AUGGCGGCGAGCGACGUGCCCAUGAGCCCCGAGCUCGAGCAGGUCGACGGCGAGAUCCAGGACAUCUUCCGCGCCCUACACAAUGGGUUCCAGAAGAUUGACAAGAUGAAGGACUCCAACAGGCAGUCCAAGCAGCUGGAAGAACUCACUGGGAAGAUGAGGGAGUGCAAGCGCUUAAUCAAGGAAUUUGAUCGUGUACUCAAAGAUGAGGAGAAAAGCAAUACUUCUGAGGUCAACAAACAGCUAAAUGACAAGAAGCAAUUUAUGAUCAAGGAGUUGAAUUCUUAUGUCACCAUGAGGAAGACGUACCAAAGUAGCCUUGGUAAUAAGAGGAUCGAACUAUUCGAUGCUGGUAAUGACCAGGUAGCUGAAGAUAACGUUCAAAUGGCAUCAGAAAUGUCAAAUCAACAACUGAUUGAUUCUGGAAUGAAACAAAUGGACCAAACAGACCAAGCUAUUGAGCGUUCGAAAAUGGUUGUUGCACAAACUGUUGAUGUUGGAGCUCAAACUGCUACAACUCUAACACAGCAAACUGACCAAAUGAAGAGAAUUGGCAAUGAGCUAGAUUCCGUUCACUUCUCAUUGAAGAAAGCUAGUCAAAUGGUGAAAGAGAUUGGUCGUCAGGUUGCAACUGACAAAUGCAUCAUGGGGUUUCUGUUUUUGAUAGUUUGUGGUGUGAUUGCGAUCAUUGUUGUCAAGAUCGUCAACCCGCAUAACAAGAGCAUCCCAGACAUCCCGGGACUGGCGCCUCCUGCACCUCCUGCGCAGAACCGGAAGCUGCUAUCCGUAGAUCCUUUCAGAAUGCUCUGA